GCUUGCGCCUGCGUUCACCUCGCCAUACCUCUGUUUCUCUUGAUGGCCGAGGCCGGAGGAGUGCAUGCGGCGGUGGAGCCGACGCCCGCCCGCCGAAACGCCGAAAAUCGAGGUCGCCGCGUGUAAGCAUGUGUGCCCCCUUCCUCUUCUCCUGUCGGUCCAACCACACAGAGUCCAGUCUCCAGUCCACCACAUCUCAAUCAAGCAGAGCAUGUUGCCAUACCACCGGUCCCUCUGUCAAGAAUGAGCCGCUGUUGUACACCAAAUGCUUGUUGGAAUGCCCUGCCCAUCUUCUUGACAAAAUCAAGACCCGACCUUCAUUCUCAACAAUUUCCACUGACUAACUCUCUCGGUCUCCCGGUCCCAAGCUGUCAGUAGCACACCUAGCAAAGUAUCGCAAGUGUUGGAUCAACUUCAUGGACGGACCAGCCUUUGCAGACCAUCUCUUUCUGGGUCUUGGUCACCUUUUCCUGUCGAUUCCCAUCCACAUGUUGUUCUACCGCUGCGGUGUUGCUCUGUGAUGGAGGUUACAAGCAAGUCAACACCAAGUCUACUCUGAGGGAUGCAUAAUAGAGAAGGAAUGCGCACAAGACAAGAUACGCUGCAUUAUACAUGGCACCUGCAGGAACUCUCCGCCCUCUUUCCACACAUGGCAUCCUCAUUCUCUUCACCCACUUUCUCAUCUUCAUGUCCUCCAACACCGUCGCAAAAUCCAUCAGCAACGGGUCCGAGGUCGACCGGCAGGCCCUCCUCUCCUUCAAGGAGAGCAUCACCAGUGAUCCGCGCCAGGUCCUGUCGUCUUGGAACCACUCGAUCAGCUUCUGCAGCUGGAGGGGUGUCACCUGCGGUAUUACUCUUCCAACUCGUGUGAUCUCCCUGAACUUAAACUCUGCUCAGCUCAGUGGUCAGUUAUCUCCUUGGAUAGCUAACCUUACGUCACUAGAACGGCUAGACCUUUCAGAAAAUCGCUUCUCUGGAAGCAUUCCAGAGGAGUUAGGCACACUUCGACAGCUACAGUUUAUGAUCCUUUCAGUGAACAUCCUUGAAGGUAUCAUUCCUAGAUCCCUAGGCACUAGUAGAUCUCUCAUACAUGUCAAUCUCACAGAAAACCAUCUUGUCGGUACUAUACCAGAUUUCCAUAGGUUGCCAGCCCUCCAAACUUUGAUACUGUCAGAAAACAUGCUUAUAGGUAGCAUUCCUAGAUCUUUAGGCACUAGUAGAUCUCUUAAAAUUGUCGAUCUCUCAUUUAACAUCCUCACUGGCAAUAUUCCAGAGUUCCAUAAGAUGUCAACCCUUGAAUUUCUUGAUCUUUCAAAAAACAACCUUUCUGGAAGCAUACCUUCAUCACUGGGAAAUGUUUCUUCUCUCGUAGAGAUAAGGCUUGACACAAACAGGUUGUCAGGAUUGGUUCCAGAAACUUUUAGCCAUAUCCAGAACCUUAGUAUGCUGAGUUUAGGUAACAACAACCUGUCGGGAUUAAUUCCAUCAUCACUAGCAAAUGCAUCGAACCUCCAAGUGAUUGAUCUUGGAUACAACUUACUAAAUGGACGAAUCCCAUCUCUGGGAUCUUUACUUAACUUACAGCUACUAAUUCUUGAAAAUAACUUCCUAGAAGCUGAAGGCUGGGAAUUCCUUGUCUCUCUCGCAAAUUGUUCGCAGCUAGAAAUUUUGGAAAUGAGUGGGAAUGUCCUGAAUGGUAGUCUCCCUAGGUCUGUUGGGAAUCUUUCUAGAAGUUUAGUACGUUUAAACCUUGGAAGGAAUCAAAUCGUAGGCACAAUACCAGUUGAGAUUUUUAACCUUGCAAGUCUCCAAAUGCUUUCUAUGGACAAAAACUUGCUUUCAGGGGUUAUUCCUUCUAUUAUCGGGAACCUAGACUGGCUAGUUGUCCUAGACCUAUCAGGGAACAAAUUUUCUGGUCAGAUCCCAUCUGCAAUAGGUAAUCUUUCCCGGCUGAAUCAGCUUUCUCUAGACAACAACAACUUGAGUGGGAACAUCCCAGCAAGUUUAGGAAAUUGCAAGCAACUGGAUAUGCUAAGCUUAUCUUUUAACAGCCUUGAAGGACCAAUACCAAGUGAACUCACCAAUAGCACUACCCUCCUCAGUUUUGAUUUGUCAAACAACAACCUUACAGGAUCAAUACCACUACAAGUUGGUGCACUGCUUCAACUUGCCCGUCUUGAUAUUUCCGUCAACAAAUUGUCUGGUCAAGUACCAUUAUCACUUGGCCAAUGUGUCCAACUAGUGUCUCUAAGAUUGAGAAGUAACAUGCUUAAUGGAAGCAUACCUCAGUCUUUCAGUGAGCUCAAGUCCAUUGAUCAGAUUGAUCUUUCCCAAAACUACCUUGUUGGACAAAUUCCAGAGUUCUUUGCAAACAUGGUUUAUUUGCACCAACUUGAUCUGUCAGCCAACUACUUUGAAGGGCCAAUUCCAACCGGUGGCAUCUUUCAGAAAUAUAGUGCAGUAAUCUUGGAUGGUAAUGCAGGGCUGUGUGCAAAUGCAACCACCAACUUAUUCGAUUUCCCACUUUGCCCCACAACGUCAGCUGUUGAGAGCAAGCAUGCACUCCUAUUGGUAAAACUAAUUCCCCCAAUUGCUAUUGCCUUGCUCUCCUUCAUAUGCUAUGUGGUCACUGUUCUGAAGAGAAGGCAAGCAGAAACAGCUCCAUGCUACAAGGAGACAAUGAAGAAGAUUUCUUAUGGUGACAUUGUCAAAGCUACCAACUGGCUCUCUCCGGUUAACAAGAUCAGCUCAAGUCGCACCGGCUCGAUCUACAUUGGAAGGUUUGAGUUUGACACGGACUUGGUCGCCAUCAAGUUAUUCCAUCUCGAAGAGAAUGGUGCGCAUGACAGCUUCGCUACCGAGUGCGAGGUGUUGCGAAACACCCGCCAUCGCAAUCUUGUCAAAGCUGUCACCGUAUGCUCGACAGUGGACCUAGAGAACAAUGAAUUCAAGGCUAUAGUUUUCGACUUCAUGGCCAACGGAAGCUUGGACAUGUGGGUGCACCCGAAGCUACACAACAAUAGCCCCAAGAGAGUACUGAGCUUGGGUCAGAGGUUAAGAAUAGCGAUGGACGUCGCGUUGGCUCUGGAUUAUAUGCACAACCAGUUAACACCUCCUCUAAUCCACUGUGAUUUGAAGCCCGGAAAUGUUCUUUUGGACUAUGAUAUGACCGCAAGGGUUGGUGAUUUUGGGUCAGCGAGGUUUCUCUCUUCUACCCCUGGUAGUCCAGAAGACUUGGUUGGUGUGGAAGGAACAAUUGGAUAUAUCGCACCCGAGUACUGUAUGGGAUACAAAGUUUCACCAGGAUGUGAUGUUUAUGGUUUUGGAAUCCUCCUUCUAGAAAUGCUUACCGGAAGGCGACCAACGGAUGCAAUGUUCACCGGUGGCCUGAGCCUGCACAAGCUUGUGAGCUCAGCAUUUCCAGGCAGACUCAGAGAGGUUUUAGAUCCCCAUUUGUCCCACGAGCAGCAGCGUGCGUGUGAUAGAGUGCUUAUGCGGAGAUAUAUGGUACCUCUGGUUGAAGUUGGCCUCCUGUGUUCCAUGGAAUCGCCUAAAGAUCGACCGGGAAUGGGAGAAGUUUGUGCCAGAAUUUUGUCUCUCAAAGAGGCAUUCUUUGAGUUCUGCUGAUUAACCUGCAGAUCAACACGUUCUUGAAUAAGAGUAUAAGGUGCGAAUAUCUUUGCUGUAAAAAUUGGUUCUGCAGAUCACAUUUAUGUGUUGGAAAAUCACCAGAUCUCUAGUUAUCAAAAUAUUGAAUUGCUCGAAAGAGUACAUGUUCAGUAUUGGAGCUCCCUAUGUUGGAAAAACUAGUAUAUGUAUUCUAUUAGACAUGAUAUUUUAGAAACUGAGUUCAUGUGAUCCCAAUUAUUAAUCUGCGUAUUCAGAGAAGUAUAUUGCAGUACA